AUGGAGCUCAGCGGCCUAGUGCAAGCCCUGAGGCUGGAGGAGCCACGGGACGAGGAGCAGCCGCCCCCCGCCGUCCCACCGGCCGAACAAGUCCUCCUCCAGAUCGGGCUGCUCUUCUCUGAGGGGCCCGGCGGUGCAUCCAGGGCCGCUGUGGUCAGAGACCUGGGUGCGCUCAUCGAGGCUGCGGAUUGCCGGUGGCUGUUGGGAGGCGUGAGCCCUGCGACGCUGGGCGGGUUGGUGGCCGCACUGAAGGGCUACGCAGCACCCCCAAAACAGGAGCAAGAUGCUGCGGAUCUCCCCAGCAAGGACAGUGCUUAUGCUGCCGCAGCUGAGAGAGCAGCAGAUGUUGGCUCAGUGUUUCUCAGCCUCCUUGCAAAGCUGGAAGCUGCCAAGAGCCAAGAGUCUCUGGGCAACCCCGUAGUGGAUCCAAUCCUACGCUGUCUGAUGGGACCCAUCUACAUCUUUUCUGCUACACACGUUGUGGAGAGGCCGUGGACAAACAGAAGGUCUCAGGCAGUGGCACAGGAGCUGCUGGAGCUGCUGGUUCAGGCUGCAGGCUGUGGGUCGGUGGCUGAAUUCCUCCGAGGAAAGAAUGAAGAUGAGGAAGGAAGAUUUGCAGCAGUGAUGGGGCUCCUGAAACAGGAGUUGACCAAGGACACCUGGAAGCAUAACCCUGCCACAAAGUUUGUGUUCUCCUGGACCCUGCCCCACAUCAGCCGGCCCUGGCUCAGCCCUCACCUGGAGCGUGUCCUGCCGCCCUCGCUGCUCCUCUCGGACGACUACCAGGAGGAGAAUAAAAUCCUGGGGGUGCACUGCCUGCACCACAUCAUCCUCAACGUGCCAGCUGCUGAUCUGUGCCAGUUCAACAGGGCUCAGGUUGUGUACCAUGCCCUCUACAACCAUCUCUACUCACGAGAGGCUCCUCUCAUCCAGGCAGUACUGCUGUGCCUGCUGGACUUGCUGCCCAUCCUGGAGCGAGCCCAGAGGCAGCAGAAGCAGCCCAGACCCAGCUCUCCCUGGCAGGAGGUGCUGCAGCUGGUGCUGACCCACAUGGAGGCCGAGCAUCGCCUGGCGCUGCGGAGAGUCUACGCCAGGACCCUGCCUGCCUUUGUGCAGAGACUUGGCAUCUUGAUAGUGAGGCACCUGAAGAGGCUGGAGAGAGUUAUCCUGGGGUAUCUGGAAGUCUGGGAUGGCCCUGAGGAAGAAGCCCGACUGGGAAUACUGGAGACACUGCAGUGCACCAUAGAGCAUGCUUGGCCCAGGAUGCCCUGCAGGCUCCCUGUGCUCCUCAAAGCCCUGCUGAAGAUGAUGUGGGAUGUGCACACUGACCAGGGGUCAACACCAGAGGCAGUCAGAGCUGCCUUGCUGCAGGGAGCCACUGAGUGCCUCAUCCUGCUGGAUCGCUGCUCUGAGGGGCAAGUGAAGGCCCUGCUGGAGGGUGUGUACAGCAGCUGUGAGGAGAACAGAGUCCGGGAGUGCAUCAGAAGAGUGCAAGAGGACACCUGAGUGCCCAACAUGCAGGUGAACAAGAGGUGCUG